AUGUUCUGUCAAUUAGGCUUAAACACAAGAGUUCCAUACCACUUUUUAUUCUACUCAUUGACUUUUGGUGGUUCCGCAUUUUACUCCUUUAUCGUUUCCCCAUUAGUAUUUAAAAAAUUACCAAGAGAUGAAUUCAGUAACUUGCAAAACAAGGUCUUCCCAACCUACUUUACAUUACAAACCAUUGCUCCAGCUAUCUUGGCCUUGAGUCAACCAUUGGCCUACUGUCCAUUUACUUUGGGUUUGUUAGGUUUGUCAUCCCUUGGUGGUGCCUUGAACUAUUUGUGGUUGUUACCAGUUUGUAAACAAAUCAAGGAAGAUAGAAACAAGUUGGUUGCUGACAAAGCUAAUGUUGGUGCUGAUGGUGAACCAACUGAAGAAUUCAAGAAAUUGAACAAGAGAUUCGGUUGUUACCAUGGUAUUUCCACUUUGGUUAACAUUAUUUCCAUCGCUGCCCUUGGUGUUUACGGUAUUGGUUUAGCUAAAGGUUUAUCCAAGAUUAAGUUCUAA